UUAAUACGCCAGGCUUGCUGCAAGAAGGAAGCACAGAGACUGGCAGUUCUUGCAGAGCAAGACUAGACAAUAUUUUGAGCGUUUGGAAUAAGACUACACUUUGAGGGAUGCGGGCUCUGAAACUAGAUCUUUGUGCGGCGAAUAUCGUUCGGACUUUGGACACCGCCAGCGACUUGGCUAAGAUUGAUGAAAGAAAUUUGAACUGCGCACCUGAACUCAGAGCAACCAUUUUUAAGCGGGCAACGUGUCAGUGCGAGGAAGCCGCCCGACCUUUAUAAGACAAUGCAGGCAAAGUAGUGUUUAAACUGUGCCCACCAAACUUUGCACAUUGUGCCCUCAAGCGUAUUCAUUCCGAUCAGUUCGCGCCCAAAAGUAACUGAAAUCAUCACACGACAGGUGGAAUGAAUGUUUAUCAGCAUCGCCUCAUUGAUUUUCCUGCAACAACGCAUUAUAAUGACUACAGUUUGGCGUUUGGACUCUUCGGAACCUGGAUGGACCCGAAUGAACCCGACUGGUCAAACGUGGCAAAGCACCUCGGACCAAACGGCCUAAGCUCGCCGCCUGACCAGCCUUACCUAAAAUUUACUGGCCGCCACCAUAGUGGAGGAGAAGGAAGCUCGGGAUCAGAAGAAGGCCUGAGAUUGGCGGAAGCCUCGGCUCCCACUCUGGACACUGAUAGGAAUCACCUCCUGCAGCGGAGGCCAGUAGACGCCUUUGGGCAUUCUUCACACGAACUCGCCACCUUCAUGGCGGAUCUGGAUCAAACAGGCAAACUCUUUCUGCCCAGAGGAAUAAAAAGGGAAUUUGUGGCACAUCCAUCGAUUGAAAUGUACCAAAGUUUGCCUGUGGCAUCGGUGCAGGGUCCGAGUACCUACCCACACGAUGUUCCUAACAACUUCAUGCACUCCAGUACAAGUUCUCCCGUCUACGUUCCUACCACCAGGGUUAGCUCCAUGAUCCAGACCAUCCCCUAUCUCCAAGGUAGCGGAUCAAGCCAACAGAGUCACCCCGUUACUAACCACUCGGUCUGGACUCAACCUGUCACGGAAAGCUCGACAUACAGCUCCAGCAGACCUCACGAUAUGGUUUCCAGCAGGUUCACCUUUUCCCCCAGUCCUCCCAUUUCCAACGGAGUCGCUCGAGAUUCUGGCUACAGUAACAGUCUGAAUGGCAGAGAUCAGUACACUGGCCCUUUGACCAGACCUCUUAAUGGAUCUUAUCCCAGCCCUUACGCUUCUUACGUUGGGCCCCAGCUGGCUUCGGCUUGGACUGCUACAGGUUCCUUCGAAAACCCUAUGUUGCAGAGUUUGCAAAGCAGACCUACAAAUAUACCUGUUCGGGGACCCAAUGGAGAGCUACUGGACGAGCUAUCCGAGGCCCGCGAGUGUGUCAAUUGUGGCUCCAUGUCCACUCCCCUCUGGCGGCGCGAUGGCACCGGCCAUUACUUGUGCAACGCCUGCGGUUUGUACCAUAAGAUGAACGGACUCAGCCGACCUCUUAUCAAACCGCAGAAGAGAAUGGUAAGCGGCUUAUGUAACCCCGCCAGUCCAAUCCAGACACAGCAGUCAUCCACCAGACGGAUUGGCCUGGCCUGUGCCAAUUGUCAUACAUCCACCACCACUUUAUGGCGCAGGAAUGCCGAGGGAGAGCCAGUCUGCAAUGCUUGUGGGCUUUAUAUGAAACUUCAUGGGGUCCCAAGGCCUCUGGCAAUGAAGAAAGAAGGAAUCCAGACUCGAAAAAGAAAACCUAAAAAUUUAAACAAGUCCAAGAGCACUUCAAGUACAAGCAAUACAGUCGCAAUGACUCCAUCUUCCUCAUCAUCUUCUGCAUCGAAUCAGGAGGAGAUACCGAGAGUGAAAAGCUGCUCACCCUCUGGCCAGACCACGGUCUCAGCUUCUGGGGACUUUCAACCCUUCCAGCAGGCAAUGUGGACAGAUGACGAACAGCUCCAUGGAGUCAGAUAACAGCACAUCUCUGAACAUAAUUUCCGCCCUAUCUCCAAGGAAAGGCACAUCCUCCAGCAGCUAGUAAAGCUGCCUGUUUAUUUUGGAUCCAUUUAGUUGUAUUUAACAAAAAGCUGUAAUGAGUACUUUCGGAAUAUAGAUGGAACAGAUGCCAAAACUGAUGUGAAGAAACAACUGAGGUGUGUUCUGUACUGUAGUCAGGACUAAUCUAACAUUGCCUCAUUUUCACUGGUGUGUGUGAUGGAAACAAACCUUCCCACAUUACUGUUUCAGUUGGUCCCUACAAUGAUUAUGUAUGGAAGCAAAUUAUGUUUGAAGUGACUUAGUGACAAUAAAGGUUAGUUAAUGUAAUGUGAGUUCCCAUUGUAGUGAUUGACUUCAUGGUGGUCAAUGUGUAUGAAACAGGGUAACAAGUGGACGCAUUCUUCCACGGAUUGAAAACUUCAUUGUACAAAACAAAAUGCAAUUAGCAUUGCAGUGAUCAGUGUUAAAUCAAAAUGGUUCAAAAUUAAACAACCUUCUUGUAAUGAAUGUAAACCUUCUAAGUUAAUGGUACUUAUGUAAUUUAAAGACAAUAACUACGUCAGUAUCUGUAACAGGAUACUUCAUCUUCUGUCUAUUAAGAAUCACCCGUGUAGUCCUUUUGGUAGUUUGAGAAAAGAAACAUUAUGCUAAGAACAAAUUUCCUCUCAGGUAAAUUCGAUGUUGCAUUACCUUUUGUAAGUUUUGUAAAAAAAAAUAAACACGUCGAUAUCGCCUGUCAAUAGGUUAAAUAUAUGCAAGACAAAAUAAAAUGCAAACUUUACUACCUAUGUGAUGAAGUGUAAAUACUUUACUGAAACAAAUGUCUUGAGGAUUGUUGGCUUUGAUAAUGCAAAGUGUAUAAAAAGACAAACUGGCGUUUAGGCCGGUCAAUGCAUUUUUAUUGUCAUUGCUUGUAUUGUUAUUUGUUCCUUGAAAACAGAUUAAAAGGUGACUUUUUUGAAAAUAAUAUUGGUUCGUUAUCUUAUACUUGU